AUGGAUAGAGAGGAGAAAACCUAUGGUGGCUGUGAAGGCCCUGAUGCCAUGUAUGUCAGAUGCAUAUCACCUGAUGGCCAUGAAUUUAUUGUAAAAAGAGAACAUGCAUUAACAUCAGGCAUGAUAAAAGCCAUGUUGAGUGGCCCGGGUCAAUUUGCUGAGAAUGAAACCAGUGAGAUCAAUUUUAGAGAGAUACCUUCACAUGUGCUAUCAAAAGUAUGCAUGUAUUUUACAUAUAAGGUUGGCUACACUAACAGCGACACCGAGAUUCCUGAAUUCCCAAUUUCACCUGAAAUUGCAUUAGAAUUGCUGAUGGCUGUGAAUAAAAUAAAUCAUAUUAAACUGUUAACUCUUUUCAUGACUACAUUUGAUACUGAGAUGCUGCAUUUGUCAGAGAUGCUGGCGAGCUGCCCCGAGCCUUUCUGGGGAAGACCUCCAGGCGCGCGGACGCAACAGCCGAGAAUAUUAGGUGUUGUGGACAGGAGCUGGGACCAGGAUCUUCGGCCAGCCCCGCAUCCUCCCGCGUCUACCAGCGCCGUCCCGCACCCUCCGCACCCUUCCCCGGGCCACCACGUUUCCUAUGUGACCCGCCUGGGCAACGCCGAGUCAAGUCGCGUAGGGCUGCGGUGA